AAUUCGAGCGCACCGGAUGUGGUUCUAUAGCCGGAAGUGACGCAGUUCGUCUGUCAUCGUUGUUUGCGGACCGAGGAGAAGCUAGUAUAGCUUAGCCUUUUGUCACCUACUCCUCCUUUAAUCGGCUAGAGCUCCUAUAGCUGUGAUGGUUUGACCAAACCUCCACCUCCCGUAGCCCCGCAGAAGGAUACCGGUAUUUUCUAAACGACGAAGCGGCCAGCAAGCCACCGAGUGCGGCAACAAUGUCCAGCCGCCUGGCCUUCCAGACCCAGCUGGCCUCCAUCAUGGAGGUUCUGGCUAACGCCGCAGUGGCGGAGAUAUGCAAGCUUGUGGACGACGACUACGCGGUGGUGAGUCUCCAGAUGUCUCAGUGCCAGAGAGAGAACAAAGCCCUGAAGAGGAAGCUGCACUUGCUGGAGCUGAAGAUGGCCCGUGGAAACGCCGAGCGGAGGCUGCGGGAAAGCGCCGCGAACGGUGGCCGAGCGAGGGUGCAGAUCCACGGCAGCGACAGGCUGCGAGAGCCCUCGCCUUCUUCCGUUGGUGUCUUUGAACAACGGAUGGCCGUGGCUCUGUGGUCCAGUCAAGCUGCUGCAGGGGCCGCGGGGAGCAAGCCGACCCGUUCUGACCGCAUCCAGAGUACGUCUCCAGAUGUGGAGCUGGUGGAGCCGGAGGUAGUGCUGGUGAAGGAAGAGAUGGUGGAGGCAAGCAUGUCAGCAGUUGAAGAAUCAGUGGAAAACGUGCAGAUUAUAGGAGAUGACGGAGUGGCGGAGUGUCUCCCUCGAGGACCUGCAGGACCGAGACCCAGCCUUGAACUUCAAGACACGCAGUCCACUUCCAGUCAAUCCCACUCCCAGAUCCAGAGCAACAGGACCCGGCGUACCGGCAGCAGCAGAGGAGUGGAGGAGGAGAAGCCGGUUGUCGUGCUGGUGAAGCUAGAAGAGCUGGAGCCAGCGACGAGGAGCCAGUCAGGCCUCAGCGUGCAGGAGGGGUUGGUGGAGUCGAGCACCGAUGACUACCGAGCAGUUCUCCCGUUCGAUGAAGUGACACUAAUGUCCACCAAUCAGCUGUGUGACCUGCAGGAGUCCGGGCCAGGCUUGUCAGAGUCUGCAGCACCUCAGUCGACCACCGUGAUGUCACAGGACCCCGGCAGCACGCAGACCGACGCGCCCGCCAACCCCAAAACAGGCCGGCAGAGGUCCAGUGGCAGCGGCGCCGAGCACUCGGAGUACUCGCUGUUUGAACUGGAGACGUUCUUCACCCGCUGGGCUCCCGACAGCGACCCUGCGGCGGCCCGCGGCGGCCCUCCGUGUCCUCCGUGUCCUCUCGCCGCCGGGAACUCGGCCGGACGCGACGCGCGCCGAGUAAUUCUUGUGGACGCCGAACCUCAAUCCGGCCUUCGGCCGCCACAAGGGUCCGUUUCCGCGGCGGGGAGGCUGAGCAGAAGGCGGAGUCACUCCCCCGGCGCCAUCCAGCAGACCGUGUCACGAGGGACUUCUAUGCCAACACCUGUAUCGAUGCACCCUCCGUCUGCGCAGCCCCCCUGGAGCAAACACGCCGCCCUGAUCCGAAGUGCACAGGCUCAGCUGCAGCAGCAACGUCGCAUCAGGAACAGGGUCUCUCCCUCUGCGCCGAGCGCCCCGCCGGCCCCCUCUCCCCCCGCGAGCAACACGCACAGAGGUGACAGUUCAAAGGCCCUGAGCUCCACGGCGGCUCCGUCGUUCGGGGGACCCACAGCGGCCCCGGCCGGCGCGGAGGGGGCCCUCGCCGCACGACACCGAGCCGACAGCGUCGCGGCCUGCGAGCGGCGCAGGAGGAGCUACAUGUGCCGCGCCUGCGGGAAGGCCUUCUCCGGCCUGUCCAACCUGGAGGCCCACGAAAGGGUGCACACGGGGGAGAAGCCUUUCCGCUGCGGCACCUGCGGGAAGAACUUUUCCGAGGCCGGCAACCUGAAGAAGCACCAGAGAGUUCACACCGGGGAGAAGCCCUUCCGCUGCGCCCAGUGCGGGAAGCGGUUCGCUUGGAUCUGCAACCUGCGGACGCACCAGCAAUCCGCCACAGGCUGUGCAGCAGAAGCCACGGGAAGCAUCGGGCUCGGCUGAUCAAAGAGUAGCGGUGGGGGGGGGGGCAUUUAUGGCUGCUGGGGCUGUAUUCUCACACUUCCUUAUUCCUAAAUAUGGACACGGCAACAUUAGUGGGAAAAACUUUCCAGAUGUGUUGUGUCUUUGAUAUAUGAAUCACUGUAAUAUUUUAAGCUCUCAGUGGAAACAAAAAGACCAAAGCCACGUUUUUCAUUGGCUGCAGGUCAAAAGCUUCUUUUCCUCGUAUGUUUUUGCUUGCUUUUACUUUAUUUUAGCUGUUUUACCAUCUCUGUCGCACUGUGAGAUCUGUUGAUGAAGAGUGCGUUAUUCACUGUGAUUAAUUCUUUUUUCAAGCAUCUUCAAGUUGAUUUCUGUUGAUUUAGUUGUCAUCCGGCCCCCGAAGGGGCUACGAGGGUUAAAGGGAUAUCUUCACAUUUUGCUCUUCGUGGCCUUUUAAUUCCCUUCAAUACACCCUGUCGGCUCCUCUAUGGUAACAGAACAAUUAAUGGUAAAGGUAUAAAUAACUCAAAACUGUCUUUUGUGCAGAAAUACUUCCUCAACAUGCCAGAAAUCAUACAUUUAAAAAAGUUAAAUUUUCUUUAUAAUAUAUUUUACAAAAAUGUGUCACGCUCCCAUUAAAGAUAUUAAAUCAA